AUGGCAGCGAAAAUCUCUCAGCUUGCUUGUUUCUCCUCCACCAAUCGCCAAUUCCAUUUCCAGAAUCGAUCGUUCCCGGGCCUUAGGUUCCGUCCCCAGUCUUUUGUAGUUAGAAGCGUUGAUGGGAACAGCUCAGAAACACCAGCUUCUUUGAGCUAUACAGCUGAGGUUUCGAAACCUUUCGUUGAGAAAACAUCGAACUCUACAGUGGAUGAAUCUGCUGCUGGUAAAGAGAUUAUCACAGAGCCAGUAGAGGAACAUGUUGCCUCAACGCAGCCAAAGAGAGCAGCAAAGAUCCAUGACUUUUGUUUUGGCAUUCCUUAUGGUGGUCUGGUUAUGAGUGGAGGGUUGCUUGGAUUUGCGUUUUCACGAAAUCUUACAAGUUUAAGUACUGGGGUCCUCUAUGGUGGUGGCCUUCUAGCUCUUAGUACAUUGAGCAUGAAGAUUUGGCGACAGGGAAAAUCUAGUUUCCCUUAUAUACUAGGUCAAGCAGUGCUUUCAGCUGUAGUCUUCUGGAAGAACUUCACAGCUUAUUCUAUGACUAAAAAGCUGUUUCCUGCUGGACUUUUUGCUGUCGUCAGUGCUGCCAUGUUGUGUUUCUAUUCGUAUGUGGUGCUCUCUGGAGGAAACCCACCUCCAAAGAAACUGAAACCAUCUGCUACUCCUUCAUACUGA